GAUAAAUCCAAGUAUUUUACUAGUUCUAGGUCAUAGUCAAGAUCUAGAGUAUGUUCGUUACACCAACCCAGUAACACAAGCUACAAAAAAGCACCCCAAAGUAGUAUGAGUCUUCCAACGCAUUUUCCACUUAACAACGGCCAAAAGAUCCCGGCUGUUGGCUUAGGGACCUUUCAGAGCGAGCAUGACAAUUCUCGAGUGAAACAAGUCGUGAAAACUGCCCUGGAGAUGGGGUACCGGCACAUCGACGGCGCCCAUGCAUACGGCAAUGAGAAGCAGAUUGGGGAAGCCAUCAAGGAGAGCGGCAUUCCACGCGAGGAGAUUUUCGUAACGUCAAAAUUGGCACAGACGUGGCAUGAGCCCGGAGAUGUCGAGAGGGGCCUAGACUUGUCGCUUCGAAAUCUGCAACUGGACUACGUUGAUCUUUAUCUGAUGCACUUCCCCCAUGCCUACAAGGCUGGGGAGAACAACGAGACCAUUAGGCACCCAAGUGGCAAUGGCAAGCCGGUCAUAGACUAUGACUUGUCUAGACGCUAUCCAGAGACCUGGCAGGCGAUGGAACGUCUUGUGGACUCUGGCAAGGCCAAGGCGAUUGGGGUUUGCAACUUUAACGUGCUCAAAACCAAACGAAUUCUCGAAAUAGCCCGGAUAAUCCCAGCCGUAAACCAAGUCGAGCUUCACCCAUACCUCCCGCAGCACGAGCUGAUGGAAUUUUCGGCAAAGCACGGAAUCCUCCUCAUGGCACACCAACCACUCGGCGGCCGACCAGUGCCAGCUGUGAGAGGGCACCCUGACCAGAGCCCUCCGACGGAGGACCAGACGAUUGUCGACGUUGCCUCUAGCUGCGGCAUGUCACCAGCCCAGGUUUGUCUGUCGUGGCUAAUUCAGAAAGGAAUCCCCGUAAUUCCCAAGUCGAACCAGAGAGAGCACCUGAGGAGCAACAUGCAAGUGCGCAAGCUGUCCGUGGAGCUCUUCAACCUCGUGGACGGUCUAGCCGCGUUGCGUCUCGGUGGCCCGGUUCGGUUUCUGGAUCCCAGUCGUCACGUCGGCUUCGAGAUAUUUGACGAGGAAAACGACCAGCCGAUUGAGGAUGCGGCGGCUUGGGACUGAAGUAAAAUGGAGGCGGCGGUUGCUUUUGAAAUGUCACGGUAGUCCCUCUGGGAACGCAGUGACCUCUGCACGCCGGGGGUUUUUUUUUCUUGUUCGCGAUCAGUGUGUUCUGUCCCGGGUCAGCUGCUCGGGGGUCAGAGGGGACGGGGUCCUUGGUGGAGCAGGAGGGCUGCUGCCCAUCUGGCGGCCCGAGGAACUGCUGGCUGCCAUGUCUCGUGAUGGCAACAGCAGCAGCAAACACGCCCUUGUCGAUGGCAUCGAAAUUCCAGCCGUCGUCUUCAAAUGCGUUGGUACCAUGCACCAAUCGAAGGCCACUGUUUGUUAGGUACCUACCUAGAUAUUUAGCAUCAUUCAAGGACGGAAGGUACAGUGGCUACCUACCUAUGGGUACUUGCCUAUUCUAGACUGGAGCUCUCGCUUGUGCUUCGCC